ACUGUAGAAGUGUAGAGCUGUUGUGUGUUUGUGUCUCUGUAUUCAUGCAGUAAAAUGGCAGAAGCCAGAUUUUCUCAGGAUGAGUUCUUGUGUCCGGUGUGUCUGGAUCUCCUGAAGGAUCCAGUGACCAUCCAGUGUGGACACAGUUACUGUAAGAGCUGUAUUACAGACUGCUGGGAUCAGGAGGAUGAGAAGAGAGUCUACAGCUGCCCUCAGUGCAGACAGACCUUCAGUACAAGACCUGCUUUAUUUAAGAACGUGGUGUUUGCUGGAAUGCUGGAGAAACUGAAGCAGACUAAACUUCAAAGUGUGGUUCCUGCUGGAGCUGGAGAUGUUCAGUGUGACGUCUGUACUGGAAGAAAAUCAGCCGUCAAGUCCUGUCUGGUGUGUCAGGAAUCUUACUGUCAGAAUCAUUUUGAGCGUCACGAGGAGUUUCAUUCACGUAAGCCACACAAAGUGAUUGAAGCCACUGGACGACUGCAGGAGAUGAUCUGCCAGAAACAUGAGAAGCUCCUUGAGGUUUUCUGUCGCACUGAUCAGAAAUGUAUAUGUGUGCUGUGUACGAUGGAUGAACAUAAAAACCACGACACUGUAUCAGCUGCAGCACAGAGGACAGAGAAACAGAAGCAGCUGAAGGAGACGCAGAAGACGCUCCAGCAGAGAAUCCAGCAGAGAGAGAAAGAUCUUCAGCAGCUGAGAGAGGCUGUGGAGUCUCAUAAGGUGAGUCUGGAG